GGUGAUGACCUGAAAACAUCAUGUCGGAGGUCCAGGGCACUGUCGAAUUUUCUGUGGAGCUACACAAAUUCCACAAUGUGGAUCUCUUCCAGAGAGGGUAUUACCUGCUGCAUGCAAGUCUGAAAGUACCGUCCAGGAUCCCACACCGAUUGUCAACAACUGUUGCGGAACAAAAAGGUGAAUCAAUCCUUUGUUCACCCUGUGUCCAUGAGAGCAGCGUCUACAGCAGAGUGUUCCAGAUCCUGUAUAGGAAUGAAGAGAUUGUCAUCAACGAAUGCAUGAAUUUCAAAGUCCACCUUCUCUUGGAUGGUGAAAGGGUGGAAGAGGCAUUAAGUGAAGUCGAUUUUCAACUCAAGCUGGACCUGCUCUUCACAGACAGUGAACAACAGCUGAAAGACAUCGCGGCGGUCCCGGUGAUAAGCAGCCGCACUUUGGGGCUUCACUUCCACCCCAGGCGAGGCCUGCACCACCAUGUCCCUGUCAUGUUUGACUACUUCCACCUGUCUGCAAUCUCUGUGACGGUGCAUGCCUCUCUGGUGGCCUUACACCAACCCCUAAUCAGCUUCACUCGUCCAGGGAAAGGAUCAUGGCUUGGGAAAAGCAGCUUGGAAACAGGCCCAGAUCUGACCGGGAUGUCACUUGAAAAUCUGGUAUUUGGCGCUGGUUACUGCAAGCCUGCUGCUUCAGAGGGCAGCUUUUAUGUGCCAUCUGAAAACUGCAUGCAGCAUGCGCACAAGUGGCAUAAAGACCUUUGCCUCCUCCUGCUGAACGCAUACCAAGGACUUCGCGCGUACUACAGCAUCAUCCAGAAGGAGACCCCUAGUUUACCGCUGCUGACAUUAGAGGAUCUUGCUGUGGAGGAGACGCUGUCCCAACUCUCUGCAGAGCUUCAGACCCUGAACAAUCCGGAGAAGAUAGCAGAGCAGAUCAGCAAGGAUCUCACCUGCCUUUGCUCCCACCUUUUGGCUCUCUGGACCCAGUUUUUGGAGGUGGUCACCCUGCAUCCAGACAUCACGGCCUAUCUUGUUCAGGAGCAUCACACCCUAAGGGUAAGAAGAUUCUCGGAGGCUUUCUUUUAUACGGAGCAGCAAAAGUUGGCUGGGCUGACUUUUCAGGAAAGCCUUAUCCAGCGUCACAGUCAAGUUUCUUCAGAAGUCCGCAACUCUGAGUACCUCACCAGCAUGCCACCCCUACCUGUAGAGUGCCUCGACAUUGACGGAGAUUGGAGCACGCUGCCAAUCAUUUUUGAAGAUAGAUAUAUAGAUUUUCCUUACAAAGUUCAGGGCUUAGAUGUUUUGUCAAACUAUGUGAUUUACAGUGCAGACAAUUUACAAGUGGACUUAGCAGUUAAAAACAAGAUCCCUUCUUCAGAUGAUAACACCGAACUAGCAAAAGAGGUUUUCGCAAAAGAUACCCCAUUCAUCAUCCAUACAGACAGGAUAAAUAGGAAAUCAAUGUAUAUGUGCAGCUAUCCAGAGGAAGAUUCCACCGUGGCCAAGAGUUUCAAGGGCCACAGCACAACUCAGGUAUAUGCAAUGAAUGGAGAUGUUAACGCCCCUGAACAUCCUUCAGCCCCGCCUAGCAAUGUUAUAUCUGGUUUGCCAUCAGAUCACUUGAAAAAUAUCGCAGAAGGCCUCAGGACCCCCAAGGAAUUUUCAGAAAACAAUAAACAUGCAACAGGGGAGCCCCAUUUGAAUGUAAACCUGUCUGGUGACAGCGCCCCUGAAGAAGAACCAGUGCUAGUCAUGACGGCCCUCUAUAAUGGCGGCUCUUGUGCACCUCACACACUUUUGGAGGGGACUGAAGUGAGCCCAUCUGCUAAGCAUUGUGGGUCUGCUCUCCCUACAGAUAACCUCCCACUUAAUGAGCAGACAGGUCUCGAGAAAGCAGUGGAUGACCCAGGUGGUGAGGCCGUAUUGCCCGCCUUGAACACGUUUGAUAUAAAUGUCCACUUUGACACAUUGGACCAAAUGGAAGAUGUCGAAGAGGCAAACUCUUUUCAGAAGGAGCAAAGAGGACAGGAGUGCGAAGAAUUUCGCUUGACGUCGGGGGCCAUCAAGAGAUCUUCAUCGUUAAUCUCGGACUCGGGAAUCGAAAGCGAGCCCAGCUCAGUAGCUUGGUCUGAUGCACGGAGCAAGGCCUUGGAGCUGCCCAGCGAUCGGGAGAUCCUCCACCAGCUCGUCAGAAGACACGCGAUCCACCGGAACUCUCUGGAGGGCGGGCACACAGAAAGCAAUACGAGUUUGCCCAGCGGCAUACAAGCCUCACUCACCUCAAUCAGCUCUUUGCCGUAUGAGGAGGAAGAGAGGGAGGCAGAACCCAACAAGCUGACCAAGUCCAUUUCAGCUCCUCAGAUCAGUAGCCCUGAGGAAUCAGUCGAGGAUAAAGACAUAUCCAAACAUGCGAAAACCACCUCCGACCUUGCAGAGGGACCGUACAUGGAAAUAAGAUAUGCCACUGAAUCCAUGGGAAGCAUUUCUGACCGUCAAGGUGGCAGAGAAGGUGAUGGGUCAUACAGGCCCACAAACGCUCACUUGCAAGAAGAUGGCAGCAGUUCUCACUUACCCGAAGAUGGCGAAGGCUUUUCAGAGACGGACCGUAGACUGGAAGGUGCAAGGGAACUUGAUGUUUUAAAACAAAAUAUGGGUGGCACAGUUCAUCUCGAUGAGUACGGGGAGGAGAGAAGUUUACACGUGAGCCACAGCCUGUAUUCGGCCAACGGAGAGUCCUUCUCACAUGAUGAGGAUCAUGCGCCAGAGUUUUGCUAUGCAACCCCUUCCUCGUCAGGGGGGGUGUCCAAAAAUGUCUCCCAAAAGGAUUCCUAUGGCAGUCCUGUUACCGAUGGCAACAUAGCAACGUGCAAUUUGGAAACACCUACCUUUCAGGAAAUCGAACUGGACAACAGGCCUGGAAGUGAAUUGAACUGUUCUGAACCAGAAAAAGGAGAGCUCAGAACGGUGUCCAGUGGCACAGGGUGUCACUCGGUGGUACCAGAAGCGUUGGUUCUGGAGAGCAAAAAGGCCGUUGAGGUGGUCAACUUGUCUGUUUCUUGCACGGCGACGUGUCUUCCCUUUUCUUCCGUUCUUAAAGAUUCCCCGCCCAUGGCUGGCUUUUCCUCCAAGCAGGCUACUUCUCCCAUCACCCACCAACCAAUGGGCUCCUUUGGAGUAAUCUCUUGUGAGUCCAGAGAUGAAGAAACCAAUGAAAGAAUGCUAAGUUUUCAUCAGGCAAAAGAAAAAUUUAAAAAAGAAAUGAAGACUGAAGGAUUUCUGUACAGUGACUUACCUGUCCUAGCUUCUGAUGUCCCGUAUUUUCCACCAGAGGAAGAGGAAGAGAAUUUGGAAGAAGGGAUUCACCUUGUCAUCUGCGUCCAUGGGCUGGAUGGUAACAGUGCAGAUCUCCGGCUGGUAAAAACAUUCAUCGAACUGGGUCUUCCUGGCGGAAAGCUGGACUUCUUGAUGUCCGAACGAAACCAGACGGAUACCUUUGCUGACUUUGAUACAAUGACCGACCGGUUGCUGGAUGAGAUUAUUCAGCACAUUCAGUUGUACAACCUGUCGAUCUCCCGAAUAAGCUUUAUCGGACACUCUCUUGGCAACGUCAUCAUUCGUUCGGUACUGACUCGCCCCAGAUUCCGCUAUUACCUCAAUAAGCUGCACACUUUCCUGUCGCUGUCUGGGCCUCACUUAGGAACCCUUUACAACAACAGUACUCUAGUUAGUACAGGCUUGUGGCUCAUGCAGAAGCUGAAGAAGUCUGGGUCGCUGUUACAGCUGACCUUUAGGGACAACGCAGACCUGCGGAAGUGUUUCCUCUAUCAGCUGAGCCAAAAAACAGGUCUUCAGUAUUUCAAAAACGUAGUCCUGGUAGCCUCGCCGCAAGACCGCUACGUACCAUUUCAUUCUGCGAGAAUAGAAAUGUGUCGCUCUGCACUGAAAGACAAGCAUACAGGUCCCGUUUACGCCGAGAUGAUCAACAAUCUCCUCCAGCCCGUCGUCGGGGCGAGGGAAUGCACUUUAAUCCGUCACGACGUCUUUCACGCUUUGCCGAACACGGCCAACACUUUGAUCGGGCGGGCCGCCCACAUUGCGGUGCUGGACUCGGAACUGUUCUUGGAGAAAUUUUUCCUGGUGGCUGGACUCAGCUAUUUCAAGUAGGACUAUGAGUCUC